AUGAUGAGUACUAAUUCAACGGUUGGUGCGAAUAGUGAUAAUAAAUCAAGUUCAUCAUCAUUAUCAAGUUGUUGGCAAGCACGUGAUGCUUGGUGGAAAUGUCUAGAUUUAUAUGACAAUUGUGAGUCAAAAUGUCAAAAACAAAUUGAAGAACUUCAUCAUACUUGUAGUGCUCAAAUGGUUCAAUUCUUUGAACAAAGACGUGAAAAAUUAACGCAAGGAAAAAUAAAUAAAAAAUUAAUGAUGCCACAAAAAGCACUUUUUACUUAUUUAACUGAUUUUCGAAAUAAUGCAAAUCAUAAUUUUUCUUCUCAUCAAACCGGUUUUCCUUUUGAUGACGAUGAAGAUUAA